CCCCAGUUCUGCUCCUCACUCUCCAGCAGUGACAGACAUGUGGUCUACGUGCUAACUACAGGAGUUCCCUCCCCACACAGACUACCUGACCUGCAGUCUGCUGUUCGUCUUCCUCCAUUUUCUCCACUACUUUCCUUGAAGUUUUUUUCUCCAAUCCCCUAAAAGUAAUAAUAUUGAAAUAAUAGUUCUUUAAGUGCCUGAAAACGGGGAACCCCAGAACGGUACUCAGAGCCAGGACUGUGGCUGACUGACCUGAGGAUCAAUAAAAGAGAUCAGUGAUAACGACAGCAGUUAAAGGUGGAACAGGGUGUAAUAGCAGUGCGACGGUGAGCUGGGCGCUUAGGAGGACCAACUCAGGGAGCACGGAAGGAGGACAGCACACUAUGCAGGGCUGCACUACACCGACUCUGGUGCUGGUUCUGAUUCUGGUGACCGGGUCUGGAAAUGGCCGGCUGAUCCACAGGAGGGGACUCCACCCAAAGGACUACGAGUACCUGAACCAAUCCCCACUGACUCAACACCAGAAGAGUGACCGGUGCCCACCACCCCCACAGAAGCUGCCGGAACGUGCCUGCGAGGUUCCCAGCUGCCGCUCUGACUCUGAGUGUGAGAGGCACAAGCGAUGCUGCUACAACGGCUGCAUCUACGCCUGCCUGGAGUCUGUGCAGCCCCCGCCGGUGCUGGAUUGGCUGAUUCAGCCCAAACCCCGGUGGCUAGGAGGCAACGGCUGGCUGCUGGACGGACCGGAGGAAGUGCUCCAGGCGGAAGCAUGCAGCACCACAGAAGAUGGCGACGAGCCCCUGCACUGCCCCACCGGCUACGAGUGCCACAUCAUCCACCCGGGGGUACCGGCAGCUGGCAUCCCCAACCACGGCCAGUGCAUCAAGCUGCGCGGCACUUCCGAUGGUCGCAGCCCGAGACCCAAGCACUCCAGAGACUACAAGGACUACACAGGGAGCAGAUCCAAUAACGCGGCAAGCUUUGAGAAACAUCAGCAUAAUCAUCUGGGCUAGACGGGGCUGGACAGAUAACAGCCUGGACCAAACCUAAAAGAUCCAAGAUGCAAGAAACCAACAUCCAUGAACUAUUUUCACCUCUUUCCAAACCCAUUAAAAAGCAAUAAGCAACUGGGAUAGAAGCCAGUAGUUUUAGUAAACGUGCCUGUUACUUGCAUAUUGUAUGUGUGUUUACAAGUAAAUACCCAAAGAAGCAGGUCAGGGGGCUGUAAUUUAGGCCUCAUAAUGGAAAAAACACGAGCUGCACUCUGCCACCCCUCGAAGUUUUAGGAACACAUUGCAUUUAAAACACACUCACCUAGAGGGCGCCAAAGAGCCACCUGCAUCACCUGUGUCACACUUGCGGGUGGAACUGCAAGAUGAAACACUGGGCGGCUGAAGGGUACCAGAAGGGGGGGUCGACUUGCAUAAUAAUAAUAAUAAUAAUAUCCAUCCAUUUUCCAAACUGCUUAUCCUACUGUGUUCCGGGGGGGGGGGGGGGGGGUCCGGAGCCUAUCCCGGAAGCAAUGGGCACGAGGCAGGGAACAACCCAGGAUGGGGGGCCAGCCCAUCGCAGGGCACACUCACACACCAUUCACUCACACAUGCACACCUAUGGGCAAUUCAGCAACUCCAAUUAGCCUCAGCAUGUCUUUGGACUGUGGGGGGAAACCGGAGUACCCGGAGGAAACCCCACGACGACAUGGGGAGAACAUGCAAACUCCACACACAUGCGGGGUCCUAGAGGUGUGAGGCAAGGGUGCUAACCACUGCACCAUCAUGCCGCCCAAUAAUAAUAAUAAUAAUGCAGAAAUGAAGAAAAAAAUAAAUAAGGAUCGAAUUUUUGUACCAAAUUCAUGUCUCCAGCCCCCUCCCUAGGUUUUAGGCUCGCUGGUACCCCUCAGAAUCCGUAUCUUCCGGGGCAAACGGCAGCCUGUAUAAGGCGGGUCACGCAGCUGCACGCAUUCCUGAGCAUCAAUUACCCGGCACCGAAUUCAUUAGUACAAACAGAAAGCAAUUCGCUUUUUUGUUUGCGCAUUCAGCAUCAAAUUUACUUUUGUUGUACGGUUUAAUAAAGAAAGGUUAUGAUA